AGUCAAAGUGCACAAGUGAGGAAAAAAAAGCCACACUCGCAUUAUAUUCAUUGAAGAGUGCAAAGUGGUCUCACAAGUCACAACAUCACAUUCAUAGUGAAUUAGGAAGCGAAGAGAAUCAUGAAAAUCUAUCACAUUCCUUGUCUCGAAGAUAACUAUUCCUAUUUGAUCGAAGACGAGAGCACCAAAGAAGCCGCGGUGGUGGACCCGGUCGAACCGGAGAAGGUUCUUGAAGCUGCCAAUUUGCAUGGGCUCACUCUCAAACUCGUCCUCACCACCCACCAUCACUGGGAUCAUGCUGGUGGAAAUGAGAAGAUAAAGGAAUUGGUGCCUGGAAUCAAGGUCUAUGGUGGUUCGAUUGAUAAGGUGAAGGGUUGCACUGAUAAAGUUGAAAAUGGUGAUAAGGUGUCUUUGGGAGCUGAUAUUAGCAUAUUGGCCCUUCAUACACCUUGCCACACCAAAGGUCACAUAAGUUAUUAUGUUACUGGCAAAGAGGAUGAGGAUCCAGCUGUUUUUACAGGAGAUACAUUGUUUAUUGCUAGCUGUGGGAAAUUUUUCGAAGGAACCGCAGAACAGAUGUAUCAGUCACUCUGUGUAACAUUAGGUUCCUUACCAAAGCCAACUCGAGUUUACUGUGGCCAUGAGUACUCGGUGAAGAACUUGCAAUUUGCUCUGACAAUUGAGCCGGGCAAUUUGAAGACACAGCAAAAAUUAACCUGGGCUCAGAAUCAGCGGCAAGCUGGCCAGCCGACAAUUCCCUCUACCAUUGAGGAAGAGUUGGAGACCAAUCCAUUUAUGAGGAUUGAUUUACCUGAGAUCCAGGAGAAGGUGGGCUUCAAGUCACCUGUUGAAGCUUUAGGAGAGUUAAGGAAAUUGAAAGAUAACUGGAGGGGCUAAUGAAAGUUAAGACGUGCAUUUUCAUUCCUGUUCCCUUUUCCUUCUGUGUUGCAUCCAUGUUAAGAAAGACCUGUAUGUAUAUAUACACACAUUGUAACAGUUUGGUUUGCCAGAAGUUGAAAUGACAGUGUCAGAGCCUCAGAGGCUUGUCAUGUUAGGGACAUGGAUUGUGACAAUCAAUGUCUCUUACAUGUUAUGUUGGUUAGUCCAAAUACUAAGAUGUCCUAUUUCAUUCAUGUCACUUACUUGUGAACUUGAAAUCAAUUAUUUUCUCGUUUCUA